UGGACGUUAUUCAAUAUCCAGUGUCUGUUUGAGGGUGAACCUCUGUAGAUUUACGGUGUACGGUGACAGCAAUACAACAAAUAAAACAAUAAUUAAAUUAUUGUUAUACAUUUUUAUUUGUCUGCUGAACAUAAUUCUGCACCGUGCAUUUUCUCCUCACGGGUCUGAUUCAGUUUUAAAGUUCCUAAUUUGUUCUAAGUCCUAGUCAUAAACAAUGAUCGCAGCGAAUAACGAAGUAAAUUUACGUGCCGAAAUGAAUGAAUGUGAAAUGAACAAUGUAUACGCUAGAAGAUUAAUGUAUCAACAACAAAAGGGAAAAUCCUUUGUAAUUCACAAAUACAUGAACACAUCUCAAAAUGAUGAAGAAAAAGUGGAUCCUCCCACUCCAGCCCCAGAUGCUGAAAAUGAAGUGGAGAAUGCUGGGACCAUUAAGAAAUUGUCUUAUUCAACGUUUGAUCAAGGAAAUUAUGUAGACUUUUACUUGAAAACUUUAUCUGAUAAUGUUAAUACAGCCCAACCGUCAACAUCUGCAGAGGUUGAAAACCUGGAGGCCAAUUCUGAAGUACUUGAAAAUCCUGUGAGGAGUCCAGCACCACCUUCUGAAUGCCUGUCAACCACAACUAAAUAUCUUGAAGGAUUCACACCUCCUCAGCUCUCAGAUAGAUACAUACCCUCUCGAUUAAGUUCAAGUUGGCAAACGAGAUUUGCCAUGUUGCCUGACAAUAAAUGUACCAGUACAAAAAUACGGAAAAACAAAGACAAUUGUGGGAAUUCAUCUGGAGGUGAAAAUUGUAAAGAUGGAGUGGCUUACUCGAGUCUCCUGCGAAAUGAAAUUCUUGGUGCUAACAUUGACGGUUUUAAACCUCAGCAUGAAGAAAAACGGGUUGUUUUACAAGCUGAGAAAAAUAAUCUGUUUCAAUUCACUACACCGCCCAUUCCAGAAGUAAAUAUAGAAUCAACAGCUCCAUAUUCAUUAUCACCAGUAAGCCCUAGCAGCCAGAAAUUGUUACGCUCUCCAAGGAAACCAACUAGAAAAAUUUCUAGAAUCCCGUUUAAAGUUUUAGAUGCACCAGAACUUCAGGAUGAUUUUUAUCUGAAUUUAGUUGAUUGGUCAUCACAAAACGUUCUGAGCGUUGGGUUAGGGAGUUGUGUUUAUUUAUGGUCAGCUUGUACAAGCCAGGUAACAAGACUUUGUGACCUAUCUACAGAUGCAAAUUCAAUCACAUCGGUCUCAUGGAAUGACAGAGGAAGUCUUGUUGCUGUUGGUACACAUCAUGGAUAUGUUCAAAUUUGGGAUGUUGCUGUAAGCAAAUUGAUAACUAAGUUCGUUGGACACUCAGCCCGUGUUGGUGCUUUGGCAUGGAAUGGAGAAAUGUUGUCUUCCGGCAGUCGUGAUAGAAUGAUUCUGCAACGAGAUAUAAGAAUGUUUGGAAAUAAUCCAGAAAGAAGACUGCCAGGACAUAGACAAGAGGUGUGUGGUCUUAAAUGGUCACCUGAUAAUCAACAUUUGGCUUCAGGAGGAAAUGACAACAGAUUGUAUGUUUGGAAUAUGCAUUCAUUAGUUCCAGUACAAACUUACACUGAGCAUGUAGCCGCUGUCAAAGCUAUUGCAUGGUCUCCACAUCAUCAUGGUUUACUUGCUAGUGGAGGUGGUACUGCAGAUCGUUGUAUAAGAUUUUGGAAUACUCUGACAGGGCAACCAAUGCAAUGUGUAGAUACUGGUUCACAAGUUUGCAAUUUAGCAUGGUCAAAACAUUCCUCUGAAUUGGUGAGCACUCACGGCUACUCACAGAACCAAAUUUUAGUUUGGAAAUAUCCGACAUUGUCACAAGUCGCAAAGUUAACUGGCCACUCCUACAGAGUUUUGUAUCUUGCUAUGUCACCAGACGGGGAAGCUAUAGUGACUGGAGCAGGGGAUGAGACUUUGCGUUUUUGGAAUGUGUUUUCUAAAGUUCGUUCCCAAAGGGAGUGCAAGUCAGUAUUAAAUCUUUUUGGCAAUAUUCGAUAAAAUUAUACUGUGAAUAUAAUUCAAAUAUAUAUUUUUGUAUCAAAUUUUAUUUAUUGUUUAGAAAUUAUUAUUUCUUCAUACAUUUAGGUUACCAUUAUCAGUUUUAGUAAACAGCUUUAAUAUUAUUUAUGUUAUGAAUAGAAGAUCAUAUGGUUUUUUUAUUAAGAAUGCAGACCGUUUUGUAUGAAGAUUUAAAUAUACAAAGAAUAUCAUUAAAUGAAUAAUCUACAUAUAUAUUUAAUUUAUAUAUUAGAUAAAAUUCUGUUUUUUACCUCGUUUAGUAUUGAUACAUUAAUUUUGGUUUUUCUCACUUUUAUAGAUUUUUUUUUUAAACAAAAUUCUAAUUUAAAUUUGUGUAGUUCAAAACUAUCAUCUCAUUUAAUGUAAUAUAUUUUGCAAAUGUGUAAUGUAUACUGUUAAA